AUGAUGCCAAGGAUGUUUGCUAAGUAUUUUGGCUUUGGCAGAGGGAGUCGCGCUCGCGGUAUCUCCACCAUAUCCAGGCCGUCAUCAUCCUCCUCGGCCAUGGCACGUGUAUGGAAAGAGGAGAAAACAUCUUGGCUUGUGUUGGCUUUUACCGGUGGAUAUCUAGGCCACGCUUGUAUAAACUAUCGAAAGAGAAAAGCGAACUCGAAGGAAGUAGAUAGAAUGCUCCAAGAGUAUUACAAGCGUGCAGAUGCGUCGUCUAAGAGACGUCGCCGAUAUUUCCAGUUCGACGAUGAUGCUUAA